AUGAAUAAUUACAAAGCAGUUCAAAUUUAAAUAAUUGAUUAAUAAUGUUAGCAAUUACAAGACAGCAUCUCUGAUUUGGGAUGCUAUUACUCGUUAAUCAAAAAAGAUGCUAAAUUUAUUGAUGUUGCUUUAUUUGCUGAUUCGAAUAAUUGUGUAAAAAUAUCAUUAAGUGAUCCGGAAUCAUUAAUCAGCAUGAUCAUUAAAAAUUUAACAGAUAAGUCUGUGUUAGGCAGAUUGAAAUUGUCAGUGAGAGAGAUAUUGGAAUAUAAAUAAGAGUAUACAUAAUGGUAUGAAUUUUAAAGUGAGUGUUCGACACAGAUAAAGGUAUAGUUCAAAUUCAUAUUACUACAAAAUGAUGUAGCCUCCCCAUCACCAAUUAAGAGUUCUUUAAACAAUUCUCAACAAUAUUCGCUUUCAUCAAAUAGUUAUUAAGAAUAGAGUGCGAAUAGUUCAGAAAAGAAAUAAAUGAUUCAUCCUCAUUAUCUAACUGUAGGAUAGGAACAUGAUUAUCCUGUGAUAUCUCAAUUUCCUACUUCUCCAACCUUUAAGAGAAUGAUAGAUGCAGCCACUCAAGUAGAAUGCGAAAAUCAAGACCUCUUCACGUUGAAAUUGGAUAAGGAACAACUAAUAGAAUAAUACUAAUAGAGUUAGAAUUAGCUAAUGAAAUUACAAUAAGAAUACUUGCAAUAAAACAGUCUAUAUAAGGAGUAUGAUUCAUAGAUUAAAUUAUAACUUGAAGAGAUCUAAAAAAUGAAGAUUUAAAUUCAAAAUUAUCAAAAAGAAAUAUUGCUAUUUAGAUAAAAUGAAUAACAAUAGUAAUAACAAAAAUCAUAACCCCUAGAUGAUGCAUUAAUUGAAUAAAUCAAAAAGCUAAAAGUCACAAUUAAAUAAUUGGAGGAAUAAAAUUAAAAACAGAAAUUAGAACUAGCCAAUCAAUUGGAGAUAUCAACUAAUCAAUAAAAUUAAUUGAAUGCCAUAACUGAAAAAUUAGACAGGAAUGAUAGCAUUCUUUAGUUAACAGAGGAGUAGAAUAAAUAUAUCUUAAGUCUGAAUUAAUAAUUGGUUUAGCGAGAAUAAUAAUAGAACAUUAUUAUUCAAGAGCAACAGUUGAAUGUCGAUUAGUUAGAGAAACAAUUGAAAGAAUAAAAUAAUCAAAUAGAUAAAUUGAAUUACACUAUCAAAAAGGAGAAUUUAUUUAAUUCUGUACUCUAAAGAGUUUAAGAAUAGCAAUUGUAAUCUUACAUGAAAAUAAUUGGUCCCCUAAAUGAGUAUUUAGAUCAAUCUAAGGACAGAUUACUUUAUAAUUGA